UGCUGUCAAAAAUCCACUUCGUCCUUCUUCUUCACAUUAUUCGGAAAGAGAGACCUUAUCUUUGGGGGCUGGCUGCCUCAGUCUGCAAGUUGACAUCAACUCAAAAGGCAAAGCAGAAGAACACGAACAACCGACAGAAAAUAUUCUGAGGAAAAAAGUUUUACAUUUUCUAUCUUUCCAAUCACUCUUCACACGCAUGAACACCAACUCGAAAGCUGCUGCCUAACAUCAUCAAUCAUCAUCCAACUUGCCAACAUGUGUUCCUUUGCUGCAUCUCUAAACCUUGACAAUUGUCUCCUGGCUCCUCCUCUAUUUCUCUAAGUCGGUUCAGGCUUGUUACCGUUUUUGGAUUUUUACUUGUAAAAUGAAUCACUAUGUUCCCGAUUUCAAACUGGACGAAGACUGCGCAAUUCCCACUUCUCCAACCUUAACUCGCCCUAAAAAAUCAAUCACGUCGGAGGACGAGAUCAUGGAACUGCUAUGGCAGAACGGCCAGGUGGUCGUCCAGAGCCAAACCCAGACGCCUUUCAAGAAAUCACAGCAUCACAAAUACGACGACGCUGUGCCCCCUGUCGACCAAUCAAACCCUAGGGAGAUCCGAUCAUCACAUGAACAGCAGCAGCAGCUUCUUUUCAUGCAAGAAGACGAGAUGGCCGCUUGGCUUCACUACCCUCUCAACGACACUAAUUUUGACCAAGAUUUCUGCGCCGAUCUCCCUUAUCCUUCCACUGCCUGCGUCACUUCCACCACCACAAAUACCAGCGCCGCUCCCAUACAUUCAAAUCUCGAUCCAGAGACUCGCCCACAGCCGGCGGUUUCUGCUACCGCCGCGGCUUCUAGACCUCCGAUACCACCGACGAGGAGGGCGGAGGUGGUGCAGAACUUCGGGUACUUCUCCAGGCAUAGAGCGACGGUUGGCAAGUCCGAAUCAGGACCGUCUAAUUUAAAAACCGUGCUGAGAGAGUUGACAGUUGUAGAUUCCAAUGAUACACCGGCGAUGGGGUCUGAGUCUAGAAUUUCAGAGGCGGCAGACGCUAGGAGUACUACCGUUGUUUCUAGCGGCGAUAAUGCCUGCGGGACCAUGAGCGGCACUGCAGUAGCAGGCACCUCUUCCCAGGCAGGUGCAAGUAAUAAUAGUAAGGAUAAGAUGACGUGUGAGAUGACCGUGACUUCGUCCCCCGGUGGCUCAAGCUCCAGCACCGAACCGCCCUCUCAAAAGCCGGCAGCAGAGGACCGGAAGCGCAAGGGAAAGGAAGUGGACACGGAGUAUCACAGCGAGGAUUUUGAGUUUGAAUCUGCUGAUGCAAAGAGACAACUACGAAGAUCAACAUCUACGAAGAGAUCUCGUGCUGCGGAAGUUCACAACCUGUCAGAAAGGAGACGGCGAGACCGGAUAAAUGAAAAGAUGAGGGCUUUGCAAGAGCUUAUACCUCGAUGCAACAAGUCAGACAAAGCUUCUAUGUUGGAUGAGGCAAUUGAGUACCUGAAAUCACUUCAGUUGCAAGUACAGAUGAUGUCCAUGGGAUGCAGCAUAGUCCCAAUGAUGUUUCCUGGCAUCCAGCAGCAUAUGCCACCAUUGGGGAUUGGAAUGGGGAUGGGCAUGGGCAUGGAAAUGGGCAUGAAUCGACCCAUGAUGCCAUUUCCCAAUGUUCUAGCUGGUGCAUCCAUGCCUACACCGGCUGCAGCAGCUCAUUUGGGUCCCAGGUUCCCUAUGCCUGCUUUUCAUAUGCCCCCUGUCCCUUCCCCAGCCCCUGAUCAAUCCAGAAUCCAAGCAAUCAACCAGUCAGAUCCCAUGAUAAGCACACAGAAUCCAAACCAGCCACGAGUACCAAAUUUUGCUGAUCCUUAUCAACAGUACCUUGGUCUGCAGCAGAUGCAAAUACCAGUAUCACAGAACCAAGUAAUGACUCAACCAAGCACCAGCAAACCAGGUACCAGUCAAGUAGCAGAGAAUCUUGAUAAUCACCAAUCAGGGACAUGACAUGCCGAUGAUAGAAUCCCUGGUUGGCAAAAGAUUUACGACUUGCAUGGUGGUCCGUUAUGGUAUCACUGUUUCGUUGAAGAAUUGCUAGUAGACUGACUACCUCUGGUCAAGAAAAUAUUACAAAAGUUUUGGGCAGAUCUCUUAUGGAAGGCCCUGCAAGUUUGUUUUGUAAGAGGAGCAACAUCCCAGAGGAGCUUUUGCGACUGUUUAAUACAGCAGUAACACAUCUAACUUGUAAUUAUUAUAACCACCACCCCCCCCCGAGUAAAAUUGAAAUUUUCUGUGUAUUCUGGUUGUCAUCAUCUGCCUCUAUUUUAUUUUCUUUAUUAACAUUCUUUUUUAUUCAAACCUGUGAAAUAUGUUUAAAGGAUAGAAUUUGAUGAAUAUAAACAUGGCUGAAUUAAUGUUGAAUAGGAAAGUCCAGGCUGAAGGAUGUUGAUAUUUGGCUUCCC